AUGAAUUUGUCUGGUUUAGUGUGUUUUUUGAGACGUUCGUUGUUACAGCUGGAAUGCAGAAUUAUACAGGCUACAGGACUUGACAGACAGUUUGGUGAGUUUGAGCUUUACACAACAUUCUGCCUUGUGUUUAUCUGUAGCUAGCUAGCUGGCUGGCUAACAUUAGCAGUAACAAGUUAGCUAGCUAUAAAACUUCCAUGAUAGCUAUGUUACCCUGCAUAAUCUAUGACUUUGUGUUGGACAGUAAGAUAACUAUGAUGAUGAUGUACGUUUUUUUAUACGUGCAUCAAUCUAUGAGUAGACUACUAGAUGUAUGAUGAGUGAUGACAUACAGUACAUUGGUUCUGUUUAUUGCAUAGAUUGUUGAUAUAUGAUUGUGUCUCUGUGUGUUUUGUUUCUAUACAGCCCCAGCUCUAGCUGUCCAUGGCCCCAGCAUCCUCCCGCAGCCCCACGAUGAGCAAGAAGCGACCACGGAGCCCAGCUUCCUGGACAAUGUGUUCUGGAUGGCAGCACCCAAGAAGAGACGGACAAUAGAAAUCAACAGGACUAGAAGACGAGACCCAAGCUUUAUGCUCAAAGUUAAGGUAUUCACUUUGGAUUGUUUCAGUGCAGUGUGUAUUGUUUCACUGGGUGACAUUUCACUUGUAAGUCUUGUCCUCUGAUGUCCAGUUGUAUGUAGCAUGUUUAAUGUAAUGGUAGCUGCCAUGAGUGAACGCUUUUGACUAAUUUCUUAGUAAACGUUGCAAUAAACACAAUCGAAAAGGCAAUGGAUUUCUCUGAAGUUUCAUGCUCUCUCCCCCCCUCCCUCUCUCUCUCCCCCCCCCGCCCUUUCUUCUCCCCCCCCUCCCGCCCCCCUCUCCCUCCCUCUCCCACCCCCCCCCCCCCCCCUCUCCCCUCCAUCUUCCUACCUUCCCCUCUCCCUCCUCCCCCUCCCCCCCCCUCACUCUCUCUCCCCCUCACUUCACCUUCCCCUCACUCCCUUCCUCCUAACCUCCGACCUCGCCCCCCCCCUCACAUCUCUUCUCCCCCGCACUUCCCCUCCCCCUCUUUGUCAGACCAACAUUGAGCCGUGCGUGGAGUGUGGCCACCUGAAGCAGAAGCACAUCCUGUGUGGGUUCUGUUAUGAGAAGAUCAGGAAGGAGACAGCGCUGAUCCGAGGUCAGAUUAAAGCCAUGGAGGGCAGGCCUCUCAACACAGCAGUGCAGGAGACCCUGGUCCUGUAUGACAGUGAGAGUCCAGGGGAGUCCGACAAAGACAAGAGGAUAGUGGAGAGAAGCAGAAAACGACCCUCCUGGUUCCGUACCUAUUGA